GGCCCCGCCCCGGCCCGCGGGCCGCUGGGCUCCCGGCGGCCGACGGCGCGCAGGGAGGUGCCGACCCUCGGGGAGGAGGCGCUCUGUUUUUCCAGACACUGCCCUUCCAUUGAGGAGCCUGAAGGAGGUGGACAGAAGAGCUGUCAUAAAUUCUUAAAUUCUUAAAGCCAUGUCCAAGGAUUUGGUGACAUUUGGGGAUGUGGCCGUAGAUUUCUCCCAAGAGGAGUGGGAGUGGCUGAACCCUGCUCAGAGGAAUUUGUACAGGAAGGUGAUGUUGGAGAACUAUAGGAGCCUGGUAUCACUGGGAGUUUCAGUUUCUAAGCCAGAUGUGAUCUCAUUAUUGGAACAAGGAAAAGAGCCCUGGAUGGUGAAGAAGGAGGGGACAAGAGGCACAUACCCUGAUUGGGAGGAUGCAUUUAAAAACAAUGAAUUUUCAUCAAAGCAAGUUAUUUAUGAAGAAUCAUCCAAAGUACUGACAAUGGGAAGAAGCCAUCUUAGUUAUAGCCUUGACUGCCCCAGUUUGAGAGAAGACUGUAGAUGUGAGGACUGGUUUAAGAACCAGUUAGGCAGUCAGGAGGUACAUUCUAGACAACUGAUCACCACUCAUGAAGAAAUCCUCACUGAAGACAAAAGUAAUGAAUAUACUAAAUCUUGGCAAACUUUCCAUCAGGAUGCAAUAUUUGAUAUAAAACAGAAUUUUCCCACCAAAGAAAGAGUACAUAAGCAUGAGCCACAAAAGAGAAACUACCGAAAAAAAUCUGUUGAAAUGAAACAUAAGAAAGUCUGUGUACAAAAGAAACUUUUGAAAUGUAAUGAAUGUGAGAAAGUUUUCAACCAGAGCUCAUCUCUUACUCUUCAUCAGAGAAUUCAUACUGGAGAGAAACCCUAUGCAUGUGUUGAAUGUGGGAAAACCUUCAGCCAGAGUGCAAACCUAGCUCAACAUAAGAGAAUACAUACUGGGGAGAAACCUUAUGAAUGUAAAGAAUGUAGGAAAGCCUUCAGCCAGAAUGCACACCUUGCUCAACAUCAGAGAGUUCAUACUGGAGAGAGACCUUAUCAGUGUAAAGAAUGUAAAAAAGCCUUCAGCCAGAUUGCACACCUGGCUCAACAUCAGAGAGUUCAUACUGGAGAGAGACCUUUUGAAUGUAUUGAAUGUGGAAAGGCCUUUAGUAAUGGUUCAUUUCUUGCUCAGCAUCAGAGAAUUCAUACAGGAGAGAAACCUUAUGUAUGUAAUGUGUGUGGGAAAGCCUUUAGCCAUCGUGGAUACCUAAUAGUACAUCAGAGAAUUCAUACCGGAGAGAGACCUUAUGAAUGUAAGGAAUGUAGGAAAGCUUUCAGCCAAUAUGCACACCUUGCUCAACAUCAGAGAGUUCAUACUGGAGAAAAACCUUAUGAAUGUAAAGUAUGCAGGAAAGCGUUCAGCCAGAUUGCAUACCUUGAUCAACAUCAGAGGGUUCAUACUGGAGAGAAACCCUAUGAGUGUAUUGAAUGUGGGAAGGCCUUUAGCAAUAGUUCAUCACUUGCACAACAUCAGAGAAGUCAUACUGGAGAAAAACCUUAUAUGUGUAAGGAAUGUAGGAAAACAUUCAGCCAGAAUGCAGGCCUUGCUCAACAUAAGCGAAUUCAUACUGGAGAGAAACCUUAUGAAUGUAACAUUUGUGGGAAAGCCUUCAGCUACAGUGGAUCUCUUACUCUACAUCAAAGAAUUCAUACAGGAGAGAGACCCUAUGAAUGUAAAGAUUGCAGAAAAUCUUUCAGGCAGCGUGCCCACCUUGCCCAGCAUGAGAGAAUUCAUACCAUGGAGUCAUUCUUGACUCCUUCCUCUCCCUCACCCUCUAUGUCCAGUCAGUUGCCAAGACCUGUAGGUUUUAUCUCCUAAAAAUGCCUUGAACCAGACUCCUUUAAUCCAUUUCCCUUCCAUUAUCUUUGUCCAAUACACAGUAAUCUAUUUCAUAUGGACUAUGGAAAUAACUUUCUGAUUGGUCUCCCUGUAUUUACCAUUUCCUUUGUCAGUUGCCUACACUGUAGUCAAACUUGUACUUUAAAAGUUUGACGAUAUCACUUCUCCUUCAUUGGUAUCCCAUAGUUCUUAGGUUAAAGCACACAUUCCUCAAAAUAGCGUAAAAGACCCCCUGCCCCAGAUACCUUGUUCCAUUUAUACCUUACAAAGUACUGUUUUGUGUCAAAAUCCAUCUAAUUCUUUGGACAAUUAAGAACUCCUAUUCCAGCAUCAAACAGAUCUGGGUUCUAAUCCUUGCUCUUCCAUUUUCUAACCCUCUAGUUUUAGAAACAUUUUGUCCUUUGUAAGGUUCAGUCUUAUUUAUAUUAUGGGAAUAAUAAUGGUACUACCUCAAAAGUUGAUGGGAGAAUUAAAUGAGAGAAUGCAUGUAAAUUGCUCAGAGUGCCUAGCAUAAAGUAAUCACUUAAUAAACAUUACUGUAAAAUGAAGAGAUAUUGUGGUAUACAAAGAAAACCUGAUCAUCUUAGCAGGGAUCAUCUGAGAAAAGCAGUAGCAGCUCAACACUUAAGAGAUUAUAAAUAUUUUUGAUUAAGAAUAGCAGUCAUUGUUCUAAAGUGGUUGAUAAGGGCAUCUAAUACAGUAGCAUUGGUGUUAAAGUCCAUGAUGAUACAGAGUAAGAUCUGACUUUGUUGGUAAAAACUUCAUUAGAUAUUCAGCAGUUCUAAGAAGCCAGAUUUUAAAAAUCACUAGUAACAAGUAGGCUUUACUAAGAUAUAUUCAACAUUUACACUUAGACAAAGGCAAGAUAGGUAUUUUUUAAAAGACAAAAAGACCAAUAACCAAAGAAGAAUAGAAAAUAAAAUGGAAGUUUGAUCCCUCUCCUAAUUCCAGGUGGUUGAAUUGUAUUAAAUCUAUGUCAUUUAAAACUGAAAAGGUUAAGCUAGCUCUCCAAGCUGUAAUUCUGAAACUAGAGGGGAAAAGAAAAUUACAGAUCAGUACUCCUAAACUGGCUGCCCACAGACAUUUGAUUUGGUAGUCACCGAGUUUAACAUGAAUACAAAAUAAUAAUAAUAAUAAUACCUUUAUGUGGGCAUGUUUUCCAGUUCUCCACAGUUCAAACCACUCCUUCUUUACAUCUGAUUUAUUGUACACUUUAUAUUACUUCCUGACUCCUGGAGGCUUUGAAUAUGCAAUCAAUUCAGAACCAACUCACACAGCAUUACAGGUACGCAGAAAAUGGAUGAAAAGGAAGACUUGAAUAGACACUUUAUCCUUCUGCAGGGGGAAGACUAUUCUAGAGAUGUUAGAGGCCCAAAAUUAAUUUACAGACUCUUUGUAACUAAUAGAAUCCUAAUUUUUUUUUAAGGCUUGAAACACUGUGUGCAUGUCAAUGCACACACAUAUACAUUCACACAGGGAAACACAUAAAUAUAUAAAUAAAGGUACUAUGUCAGUGGCUUAA